AUCUUGACAAUUUUCAAACUGCCCGUGAAUCUGUACAAACAUCGUCAUGGGUAUCUACAACAAGCUCGCAGAUGAUAUCAAUGAGGUUGAUAUCAUCAUCGCUGGAGGCGGAACUGCAGGAUGCAUAAUAGCCGGUCGUCUGGCAGAAGAAGACCCAUCCUUAUCCAUCCUCGUAAUUGAAGGUGGUGCAAACAACAAGGAUGUUGCACACAUCGUCAACCCCGUCUUCUACCUACAGAAUCUACUCCCCACCACUAAGACCGCCUUGUUCUACAAGAGCAACAAGUCCAAGCAACUCGCGGAUCGGGAGUCCAUCGUUCCAUCCGGUGGCACACUUGGAGGGGGUAGUUCAAUCAACUUCAUGAUGUACACACGAGCACAACGCUCAGACUUUGACUCUUGGAACACACCCGGCUGGUCAGCAGAUGAAAUGUGGCCAUUCCUAAAGCGACUGGAAACAUACCACGGCCCUGGAAACAAGGAACACCACGGAUACGACGGGCCCAUCCAUAUAUCCGAUGGCGGCUACCGGGCCAAAGCAGCAGAAGACGACUUCAUCCGCGCAGCCGGAGAUAUGGGUAUUCGCGAGAUUGAAGAUCUCCAAACCCUCGAUGAAAACGACGGUCUCCAACGAUGGCUCCGCUACGUCUCCCCAGACGGCAAACGCCAGGAUACAGCCCACCGGUACCUGCACCCCAAGCUAGAAGAUGAACAAAAAUACUCCAACCUCCAUGUGCUCGUCGAAUCAAAAGUCGUCCGCGUCCUCUUUGACGACAAGAAACGCGCUUGUGGCGUGGAGUACACACCAAACCCCGAGUUCCAAGCCACUAUCGGCCUAACCAUGCACCCCGUGAAGACGGUAAAAGCUCGCAAAUUAGUCGUCGUUACAUGUGGCGCAUGCGGUACACCCCCCGUGCUCGAGCGCUCAGGCGUAGGUCCAAAAGAUAUCCUGGACCGCGCCGGCGUGCCCGUCGUCGAAGAUCUCCCCGGUGUAGGGAAAGACUAUCAAGACCACCACCUGGUUCUGUGCCCCUACAAAACCUCCCUAGAUACCACCCAAACAAUCGACGCCAUUCUCUCGGGCCGCGCCGAUGUGCCCGGCAUGCUAGCACGCAAAGACCCCAUGCUCGGCUGGAACGCCAUCGACAUUUGCUCCAAGAUCCGUCCCACGGUCCCCGAAAUCGCCGCCUUGGGCCCAGAGUUCCAGGCUGCGUGGGACCGCGAUUUCGCCGACAAACCAAACAGACCGCUUAUGCUGUGCGGUGUUGUGAGCUGCUUUUUGGGUGACCCGGCCAGUAUACCAGAGGGCCAGUACGUGACAUCAGGCAUGUAUACCGCGUACCCGUACUCGCGUGGCCACAUGCACAUCACAGGCCCCAAGCACGACGACCCGCUUGAUUUCGACGUCGGAUUCUUCACAGACAAGCACGACAUCGACCUCAAGAAGCAUAUGUGGGCGUACAAGAAGCAGCGCGAGAUUCUGCGGCGGACAAACUACUUCCGCGGUGAGUUAGCGGCUGGACACCCCAAGUUCGCUAAAGACUCGCCCGCAGCGGUGCAGGAGGAAGUUGCGGGCCCUGUAGCAAAGGAUGCAAAGGAUAUUGUGUACAAUGAAGAGGAUGAUAAGGCGAUUGAACAGUGGAUUAGGGAGAAUGUGCAGACGACUUGGCAUUCGCUUGGUACGUGCAAGAUGGCGGAGCGGGAGAAGGAUGGUGUUGUGGACGGCAAGUUGAAUGUAUAUGGUGUGACUGGGUUGAAGAUUGCCGAUCUCAGUAUCCCACCGGAGAAUGUGGGUGGCAAUACGAAUAAUACGGCGUUGGUGAUUGGGGAGAAGGCGGCGGAUAUCAUCAUCAAUGAGCUAAGGGGUGGAGCGGGGACGCCAUAGGGGGUCCGCGAUUUUAUUUCUCUUUCUUCUUGUGUGUAGAUAUGUAGCAAGAUAUGCCUUAUGUACAUUGCGAUGUCCUCUUCAAA